UUAUUAUUAUUAUUAUUAUUAUUAUUUUACCUGAUGUUGGCUCAUUGUAUAUGUAAACCCAGUCAUUUUGUAACUUCGUUUCGCCAUACCUCGGUUACUUAUUCAAAUAGAAAAACUACAGUAUAUCUGUUCCUCAGGAUGUGGAUCAUGGUUGUUUCCUAUUAAUAUAAAUUAAAUCGACACCGCUGUGAACUCAUUAAUUUGACUUUUCUUUCUAAAAAAAUGUAAGGCAAGUAGCUGCAUAUUCAGUAUAAUAAAAUUCAAAAAUCUUUUAAUAUUUGGUUAUUAGAAAAAAACUCGACUCAUUUUGAUUUCACAUGUUCAUUAAAUUAUGUUAGGAUGAUUAUAUUAAUUUUGUUAGCUCAGAUACGCCUUUUGUUGACUUUGCAUCAGCCAAUCUACUUGCGAAGAGAAAAGCUCUAUAUUGAUAUAGGAACGGGCACAUUAAAUUAGUUUGAUGUACCUACCAGAAAGGCAUUCGCACGUUUCUUGCAACUGGAACCAUUAGCACUCGUUUUCAGGCCAAGGUGGAAUUUAGAAUGAAAAACUGUUCAAGACAAGGAAAUUUCAAGUAUAUAUUAUAGUUUUACAAGUGGAGAGAUGACAACAAACUACAGACAACAUUUCAUUCGACCCCAGGCGCGAAAUCCAACCGAUGACCAAGGUGAUGAACUUCAAAUGCAGUACCUUUCAAGUUCUUCUGUUUUGUGUUUUGGCAUAUCAUGCAAACAAAGGAGUUACGUUAAGCGUCAAUGACUCAGAGGAAUACAAACUGCGUCAGGAGCUUUUAAGGAAUAUGGACGUCAUGGUUCGCCCAGUCACAUCAAGUUCUGAUGCUGUAAAUGUGUCUUUUUCUCUGACAGUUUGGGCAUUGGCUGAUUUGGAAAGCAAGCGCCAAAUGCUUUUAACAAGUGUCUGGAUCUCACAGAAGUGGAAUAACCCCUUUCUCGUUUGGGACAAAGACAAGUAUGGAGGUAUCGACAGAAUCCAUGUCAGCUCAAAAGAAAUUUGGGUUCCAGAUAUCGUCCUGUACAAUAAUGGAGAUAAACAGGUUCUCCAAGCAGGCCACACCGAAAUUUUCAAGAACUGGGUAGUGCUCAACAACGAUGGCUCAUGCAACUGGGAAUCUCCAGCAAAUAUUGAAAGCAGAUGUAAUGUUGAAAUCAGCUCGUUUCCUUUCGACGAGCAGCAAUGCUACCUUCUCUUUGGAUCUGCCACGUACGGAAGCGAGUCACUCCGCAUUCAUUCAAUACAUCCUGGAGAUGAAUGCCAACCAACAAAAGAGAAACUCCAUAACAACAAUGGAGAAUGGGAAAUUGAAUGCCUGAACGAAACAAUGUACCUUUCGGCAAUGGAGCAAAGAGUGAAUUCGGCCCAAAAAUACUCCUUUGCCAAAUACAGCCUGAAAAUUAAGCGCAGACCGUUGUACUACAUCAUGUUGCUGAUUGUUCCUUGUGUGCUUUGCACCAUGCUGGUUCUGAUCAGUUUUGCCAUUCCUCCCGAAAAUGGAGAGAGAAUCGGCUUCUGUGCCACCAUUAUGAUCUCAGUCAGCUUUUAUCUGAUCAUAAUGACCGACAUGCUGCCAGAAAAGUCAGACACACUACCCAUCCUCGGCAUAUAUUACACCAUUACGAUGGUCGAGAUAGCUGCCGCACUGAUGGCCACCAUUCUUGUGUUAAGGGUGUACCAUUCCGUAAGCGAGCCGCCUGCCUGUUUCAAGGCCCUAUGCAGAGUGCGGAAACCCAAGCCAAAGAAAGGGAUUGAACGUGCAAGCAAAUUAAAAUUGAAGAAAUUCCUGUCAAAACGAAAUGCCGUAGCAAACGACAUAACCAUUGUGGGAGAUGAUGCAGAUGUAACUGCACAUGUCCCAGUACAAGUUGAUCCCGAAGAAAAGCCAGUCGUCUUAAACGAGGACAAUGAGUGCGCAGAAGAUGACAAUAGAAAGGUCUGGCGCGCUGUGGCUGUCGCGUGUGAUCGCUUCUUCUUCUGGCUGUUUCUGAUUAUGUUUCUUGCCUCCACUGGAUAUCUCAUGAAAUUUCGUCCUAUUUUUAGGUUUUGAUGGUUCAAUAAUGAGCAUAGAGUUAGCUUUACGCCAUCUAAAAUACAGCUACUAUUUUUAAGGAUUGCAUGUGAUCUUUCUCCAAAUACAACUCCAAACCUAAUCCGAAAGUUUGGGAUUUUAGUUGUGCAAACUCAAAAAUAUUAUUAUUCUUGCAAAAUGUUGGAAAAAAAAAAAACUUUCAAUCUUCUUGAAUUGAUGUCAGUGCUAUCUUUUCAAUGGAGAACUGAAAAAUCCCAAAGUUAAAUUAAUUUAAUUCAAUUUUCAAUAUAUAAUCAGUCUCGGUGGCAAAAUCAGUUAUUAGUGUUUUACUACUGUUGUUAUAAUAUGAAUGUAAGCAUCAUCAGUAGUCGUAUUAUAUUGUAAGUAGAGUGAGUGUUAGUAUCGUAAGUUAAAUAAGUAAUUGUAUUUUUUGGUUGAGUAAGUUAUGCAAAUUAAAGUACUGUAAGUGGCAUCUGUAAUUGUAUCGUAUUGUUAAAUAGUGUAAGUAGUGUACGUAGCUGUAUUACUGUAAAUAGUUGUCGCUGUUGUAAUUAGCAGAUGCAUCACUGUUGUAAAUUGGGUAAUUAGACGUACCAGUGUUGUAAGUAGUGUGAAUCACAAUGAAAAAAAAAAAGUUUUGAGUUUUCGGUUAUAAACCAUAAACGUUGAUUUCACUGAUUAACUGGUAUCGGUCGAGUAACAAUUUUCUUCUCAUCUGCGUUGAUCUAUAGACUUUCAAUGCAGCUUAAUAACGGUCUCCUGCGUUCUAGAUGUAGAUUUUUAAGACUGCAAAGCCGUUUUAAAUGUUAUAGCUCAAGUUAUUGGUAAAUAUAUCAACUUAAUGUUUAAAAAAAGAAAAGAGAUUCUCAACUUACAAACGAAAUGAGCAUUAUGAUUUUUAUUUAAUUUUAUUUGAAUUAUAAAAGAAUCAAGUGAAUGUUACUUCUUAUUGUACUAGUUAAUGUUAAACCUUUAUUGUAAACAGACCAAUACCUCCCUUUGGAGAGUAAGGCGCAAUAAAGAUAUACUACUACUA